CAUGCGCAGCAGUAGGCAGUUUGGAGUCGACAUGCAUCCUAGUUUCGAGGUUAUGUCAUCUUGCUUUGAAUUCGGAACAGAUUAACGCGCGAAAUUAAGGCGCGAUCUUCAAGGAGAGAAUAAUGUCUGCUGCGAAGCCCGAGUCAAAGAACUGGCGAGAGUACAAUCAUAAACGAAAGGAGCUUCGGAAGCAAUGGAAGGAGGAGAAAUUGGCGAAGAAGGCGAGGAAUGCAGAACUCGAGAGGGAGUCGAGGAACGAGGCGCAAGACCACGUGGAGACAGGUGAUGUGAAGAACGAACGGAGAGACGUCUGCACCAUAAGUAUAGCGGUACCCGGCUCGAUCCUCGAUAACGCGCAGUCCCCGGAAUUGCGUACCUACCUAGCGGGACAAAUCGCGCGAGCCGCGUGCAUCUACAGGGUGGACGAGAUUGUGGUGUUUGACGAUAGGGGCGAGGUCACGGAGGAUGAGAAGCGGAAGGUCAGGAAGGAUGACGUCCUGGGCGAGGGCAGAGUCGGAUGUCUACAGCUGGCCAGGAUACUACAGUAUCUCGAGUGCCCGCAGUACCUGAGGAAGUACUUCUUUCCGAUCCACAAGGACCUACAGUAUGCAGGUCUACUGAACCCACUGGAUGCGCCACAUCAUCUGAGACAGGAGGACGAGUCUUUAUAUCGAGAAGGUAUAGUCACCAAUAAGCCCAUAAAGGUGGGCAAAGGUUCUCAAGUGAAUGUAGGACUGUUGAAUGAGAUUCAUGUGGAUAAAGUGUUAAUGCCUGGGAUAAGGGUAACAGUAAAGAUACCGGCAGGACAGCCAAAUCCGAAGAAACUGAAAGGUAUUGUUGUACCGCCUAACGUGCCACGCGCGGAAACUGGUAUUUAUUGGGGCUACACUGUCAAACUGGUAAAAAAUCUGACUGAGGUGCUGACGAAUUGUCAGUACAAAGGAGGAUAUGAUCUAACAAUUGGAACGUCCGAUAAAGGAACGUUGAUCGAUGAAAUAGAAGCCAGAAGCUUGAAGUACCGCCAUUGUCUCAUAGUGUUUGGAGGCCUCCGGGGAUUGGAAGCUGCCGUGGAUGUGGAUCCGCAUUUAAACAUUGACGAUCCAUCUCUAGUCUUUCAUAAAUAUGUGAAUAUGUGCCCACAGCAAGGAUCACGGACAAUCAGGACAGAAGAAGCUAUUCUCCUAACUCUAGCCGAACUAAGGACUAAAUUAGUGGCUAAGGAAAUAACCUAGAAAAAUAACUGUGUAACAGAGGAAAUAACUAAAUGCAUCAUAUCUCCUCUCAAGUAAUGUUGAAUUUUAUCACAUCACUGUAUAAAAAAUACAGAUCUUAAUAUAUUUAUAUAUUUUUGCAUAUAUAUAUAUAAAAAACUCCAAGUUUAUCCCAAAAAUAGUUUGUACAUUUUAUGGUAUUCUCGUUGUUAUCACUAUGUUGAAUGACUGUGCUCCAAAUAACAAUUUACUGUGUCUCUAA